AUGAUAAGCUUUUAUGAGCAUUUUGAGGUCAAUUUUCCAUCAUUUCAAAUGAAUGCAAAAGAAGAGAAAAAAUGUUUAAUUAAAUCUCACAUUUUAAUUUCUACUUUUAUGCAUCUCACUUCCUUAACUUUAUUUUCAAUAAUAAAUUACACUAGAAGUUAUUAUGAGAGAAGAAAGAAGCUCAAGAUUUUUCCUAAGAAAACUUCCCACAAUGCCAGCAAUUCAUCGUUCGCUGAAAAACCAAAAGAAAAAAAAAAUUUUUUUCUCGCUUCUUUCUCUCCACAUUCAAGUUCUGCCGGUUCCAGCCUUAACAGAGCUCUCAUAGAUACUGAAGCAUGA